AUGAAAUAAGAUCAGUUUUCUUCAACAAGAGUGUAAUUUGUGCAUUCCAAUAAAUUAUGCACUGCUUAAGUUCUAGAGCAUUUUCAUAAUAGUCCAUAUCCGAAGGAUCGAGAUUAAGUUACGCAAUUUAUAUAAAACUAUAAGCCAUAAAUCCUAGAGAAUUAUCAAGAGCUGCAAAAUGAUCCUUCAUUUUCAGUCUAAUUUGAUGAAACCUAAUUGUUUUUCGGAUUGAUAGUGGAUGGUUUGAAAUAAGGAGUUGGAGUUUAUUAUAAAUAAGGGAAAUACAUAUUUGAAGGGGAUUGGUAGUAGAAUUAAAAGAGCGGAAGGGGAAUUGAAUUGUUUAUUAAUGGGUCCUAUUAUGAAGGAUAAUAUGUCGAUGGGAAACCUUCUGGAAUGGGAAGAUUUUAUUGGAGCAACGGAGAAUUUUAUGAAGGGCAAUGGUAUAACAGUAAAAAACAUGGUUCUGGAAUUUGGAAGGGUUCUAAAGGCGACUCUUACAUAGGUGAAUGGAAAAUGGGUGUUCCUGAUGGUUAUGGAGUGCAUUUGUGGAUUAAUGGUGAUCGAUACGAAGGAGAAUUUAAGAAUUGUUUAAAGGAUGGACGAGGAUCUGAGAAAUUUGCCAAUGGAGAUACUUACAUUGGAGAAUAUUUAGCAGGAAAACCUUCUGGUAUGGGAGAAUACUACUGGGCUAAUGGAGCUGUAUAUAAAGGAGAAUUUAGAGAUAGUUUAAGACAUGGAAAGGGAGUUUGGAAGAGAGGGAAUGGACUUGGAGAUUCGUAUAAUGGAGAAUACGAGAAUGACUUGAAAUAGGGUUAUGGUGUAUAUAGUUGGGCAGAUGGCAAUAAAUACGAAGGACAAUUUAAAAAUGAUUUAAGAGAUGGAUUUGGUACAAUGUAUUGGCAUGAUGGUACUUUUUAUAAGGGGUAAUGGAAAUAGGGAAUUCAAGAUGGAGAAGGAAUGCUAUCAGUAAAUUAGGAAGUGAUUAGAGGAGUAUUUUAUGGAACAAAAGCCUUGGAAGUGAUUGAGAAUACAAAUUUUAGAAAAACUCAUUUUCGAAAUAAUACUUAUUCAGUGGAUCCAGCAAGUCGAUAAACAGGUAGAGACUAAUCAAGAAUUGAUUAUGUUCAAUAAUAGAGAAAGAAUUCAACUGAAACAAGCACUAAAAUGAAUUCAUUUACUUAGACUUAAAGAGAAUAUGGGUCUUCGGAGUAAGCAAUUGUUAAUAAUAAUUCGGAACCAAAGAGGAUUGGACGUAUUACUUAAUCUAAAUUGUUACAUAAUAAGCAUAAACCCAUGUUUCCCAAAAUGCAAUAAAUUUCACAAUAAUAAUAUAAGAACUAGAAUCAAAGUGAUAAACGAUUAUAUGAAUAAAAAUAAUUAUGGAAGCCAAGUGGUGUAGUGAAAAAUGUUAAAUUUUGA